AUGACCCGAAUUUGGAGUUCCAUUGAGGUGGGCAAAGUGGCCGGCCACCCUGGAACUGCCCUCAUCCUCGGCAUGGGCAAGACCGAGGGUCUCGGAUUGAACCCGGGACUGCCCACCAUGGUGAAGAUGGCCCUGGCGACUCCCUACUUCGGCGUUCAGGUGGCCCCGCUCUUCUUGCCCUUCCACUUGCUCAGCCUGUCGUUCCCUUCCCUCUUCUCCAGCAAGCAGGGCCGUUCGAUCGUGGCCCUCGACGCGGCAACAGGGAAGGUGCUCUGGUACUACGAGAUGGAGCCCUACCACCGCCCUGCCGCUGCCGGGGACUCUGAAAGAUUCAUUGAGCGCUUCCAGGCGAUGUUCAAUGGUUCGAAUCCCAACAAUGAGCCCUGGUGCUUGCCUGAUGCCAACGCGCAGCCUGUCAUUGAUGGAGCAGGCACUGCCUAUGUGGGGUUCCAGGACGGGAAAGUCUACGCUGUGCGGGACGAGAACGGUGACGGCACGAUCUCGCCCGAGGAGGUCAAGGAGCACUUGGUCGGCGCGGCCUUCCAGGCAUCCGUUGCCAUGGCACCGGGUCUCCUGGCUGUGGUUGACUGCAGCGGCCGGCUCGAGGUAUUCCAGGAGCCGUGA